UAACAUAUGGACACGUUUUCUUCUUAUCUCCAACCUUCUCAGCAUAUCGCUGCAGAAUCUAAUUUCAAUUUAAGCCAUUCAAUUUGUGACACAGUAACAAUGGCUGCUGCAGAACAAGUUCUGAGAUUGUUUGAUUCCUUCUGGUUCGAGGCUUCGAUUCUCUCCAACAAAACCCCUUCAAUCUCUCACAGCAACAAGGUGGAGGAAGUGCUUCCUCCUGAUGCAAAGCUUUCACUGGUUCCAACUCCAACCCUUGAAGUUAGAUCCUACAGUGAUCAAAACUUGGACUCCUCAUCAAGUAUUUUGUGUGAUUCUCCUUCACCAAAUUCUGUGCUUACCCUCAGAAGGCUGAGGACAAUCCCUUCUGAGAGGGAAAUCAUGGAAUUCUCUAGUGGAAGCCAUGAAAAGGAAGGUGUAAACUUUAAGAGAAAACAAAAGGGGUUUGGUCAUGGAAGAAGGCUCAGGAGAGAGAGAACCAGCAGGAGCCUAUCUGAGCUUGAGUUUAAGGAGCUAAAAGGGUUUAUGGAUUUGGGGUUUGUGUUUUCUGAAGAGGACAAGGAUUCAAAACUGGUUUCUCUGAUACCUGGCUUGCAAAGGUUAGGAAGAGAUGAAGAUGAAGGGCAAGGUGAUGAUGAAAGUGUGGUUUCUGACAACAUGCCUUAUUUGUCUGAGGCUUGGGAUGUUUUAGAUCAAAGGGAGAUGAAAAAUCCUUUGCUGAAUUGGAGGGUACCAGCUAGGGGUAAUGAAAUUGACAUGAAAGAUAAUCUUAGGUUCUGGGCUCACACAGUUGCAUCCAUUGUAAGAUGAGAAUGAACAGCAUUUAGAUGCAGUUUCUGAUGUUCUGAUAUUUUUUCUUCAUCUUACUUUUUUUAUCAGAAUUAGAAUUUUAUCUGAGUUGCUUAUGUUGACUUUAACAAAAAGUUAACAUUGUCUGCAUUACUGAGAUAAAAUUCGAGUUCUGAUCCAAGAACAACACAGAAAAAAGCCUUGAAAAUUGCUGCAUCUACAUUCUGUCAAUACAUGAUAUUUAGCAGAAGAAGAACAGAAAAAAAAAAAAGCUAAAAGAUUUCAUCAUGGGUCAGCAAAUCAGUGAUUGUAGAUAGUGCAUAUUGGCUUCUAGCUGUAAUAAAAGAUGUACAUAUUUUACAAU